GAACAGCACGAAUAAAAGAAAAACAAUUGUAUAAAUCAAUAAUCUAUAUAUAUAUAUAUAUAUAUAUAUUAAUUCAUUUAAGUCUCUUUCCCACUCAUUACUCGGGGACAUUUGCUUAAAUUCAGAUACCUGGCUAUUCUUCUGAAAAAGGCACGCCGAUCUUUCUGAGCGAGGGAAUUUAGAGCUAUCUCACAAAUCCUCCAACACAAAGACUUCUCCCUGAAGAUGGAGUCUUCAUCGCACGCAGCUCCCUUAUCUUCCAAGAAAAUCAGAUUUAUCCGACUUCAACUCCAGAGAGUCCAUCAACACCAGACUUCUAUAUAUGGUCCUUUUGAAGGAUGUUACUACGCAACUGGACGACAAGGGUGUGUUGUUGGUGAGAGUCGUACAUAUGUGGAUUGUUCCUGACAAGGGAAAUUCCUCCGAAUCCUACAUGAUUGACAUGGUUCUCAUGGAUGAGGAGGGAAUGCGCAUACAAGCUACGAUUGAAAAUUCUCAUGUUUCUAAUUUCAAGGACAAAAUCAAGGAGCAUGGUCUUUAUGGAAUGAUGCGUUUUGAAGUUAGGGCUAAUAACGGUGAUUACAGGCCUACUUCACAUUCUUUCAGAUUAUAUUUUAAGGAGAACACAAAGAUCAAAGAGCGUGAACUUUCAUCAGAGACAAAAUUCCCAAAGGAUUUGUAUUCACUAAAAAGUUUCACCGAGAUAAAAAAAUAGUCAUAGGAGAGCUGGAGAUGACUUAUUUGAAUAUUGAUGAUGCCACGACUACUACCCCAAUGUCUAAGCGACCUUUUUCAUAUUAUGAGGAAGGACAAGAUGGAGGAUCUUCUACUAAAAACUCCACUAGCAAACUGCAGAAAACUAUCAAGGUUGAAAAACCAUAAGGUUUUGGAGAUGGUGUUUGAGGUGGCCAAAAAAUGAAGAAUUAUCUUUACUCUUUAAUUUCAUGUCAUUUUUUAGUGGACGAGUAUUUACUGCAUACAUGUUAGUUUUUCA